AUGUGGGCGAGCAAAGAUAACCUCCAUCCGAGACACAGUCACUUGAAAGAUCACUUUCCUUCUUCCGAGAUCGGAGCACCUCCGCAAAUUAUACACCAAGGGCCUGAAAGCUGGACAGCCGGAGAGCUGAGGCGCAACUUCCUCAAAAGUCUGCGAGCCAGAUAUUCACGCGGUAUGGCAUCUCUAACACGUCCAGUGGAGUUUGCCCGCUUUCCAAAGCUUCCUCCUGAGCUGAAAUUGAAAAUCUGGAAGCAUGCUGCAAGAGAAGGUCGUGUCAUAGAAGUCUACACACGGAGAAUUCGUGGGAAGCCAAAGAAGUCCUGGACAGAUUCAGUCACUCCAGCUGUACUCCACGUCUGCCACGAUUCUCGAAAGGAAGCUCUCAAGCACUAUCAACUGCUAGAAGUGAGCAGUCAACACUAUUAUGCCGAAGAUGGAACCGAAUCCGAUGCUGGAGAAGCAGGAGAGAACUGGAUAUGGGACGGCUACGAAGCCUCCAAUGCUUCUCUGUCAGAUAGCACUAGUCUUGAUCCAGAACCCUUGGGGGCCAACAAGUUCGAUGUACACCCCACCUUCCGAGCAUAUAUAGGUGCCAAUGAUGUGCUUUAUCUCAACUUGAAGCACAGUUGGGACUUUGAUGCCUUCGUUUACUUCCUGUACUCAAUUAUUCAUCAAGGCAGCCAGAUGUCACUUCGUGGCGGCCAGGUUCCGUGCAUUGCCUUCAACGCGCAGACUUUCUUGGGCCGUCAAGGCGACGAGUACUUUGGCGAGAUCGCCGAGAUCGUCCCUCUCCUUACACCUCACAUCUACCUGGUCACCGAAGAUGUUUGCUGUGGAGCAGAUGGAGUGCAUAGGCGAGCGGACACUAUACUUGAUAAAACACCAACAUUCUCAGAUGAAAUGUUGGUGGAUGAUUUUGCAGAAGCUGUGGAGCAGACGAUCGUUACGUACAAACACUCUCAUCCGGACCCGAUUGAUAGGCCGUUACCAAAGCACGCAAUUCCCAUCCAAGUCAGGGACGGUGACAACAAUGAUCCCAAGAAAAAUCCAGGGUCCAAAUCCGUGAGUUUAAAGAGGCAGAGUCUCAUUUCUGCGAAAAGGAUGUAUGGGCAAUAUCCCUCUGACAUGGUGAUGUUCCGGCUUGGUAAGGACCAGGGUUCUCACGUGCGAGCUUCAACGUCUGUAAGGAUGCAGGCCUCGAUUUGGGUCAGCCUUACAAUGCGCGACUGCAAGCACAGGGAUAGCAUGCAGAGUCGCGGGUACUAG